AUGCGUUUUGCAGUGAUUUGGGUUUUGGCCUUGGCCUUGAUGCCCUCUGUAAUUGAUUCAAUCGGGAACGCUGAUACUCCAGAAGGCUACAUUACUGUCGACGCCAACGGCACCUAUACAUUCUUUCCACCAGACCAAGUACCGGUAACUGAAGAAGAUGAGGUUGUGGAAGGUGUGGACGGCGACGGCGUUGCUAUCUUGGGCUCUCAUUUGGACAUGAGUCUCUUUCUAGCACGGAAACCAUCAAUUGAAGGCGACAAAAAGUGCGGAUUCCGCCUUUUCUCUACCAAUCGUCGCCGGGAACGCUGUGGAGGAGUGAGGCGGAAGCUGCGUGGUGCUCGUGGCGCUAAACGAGUGCAGCACCAAGCGUGA